AUGGGAUGCUGUUUAAGCACCACCAAAGCCUCUACUACAGAUCAACAGCAGCAGCCGCCAUUACCGGAUCCUGCCAAGAAUGACAGAGCUCCACCGCCUGUGGACGAAGAAACUGUUAAAGAAGUCGUGUUAUCCGAAACCCCCGUUUCAAAGCCCCUAGCUUUGCAAGUGUUGGCGGAUGAGAAGAAGAGCAAUGCUCAGCAGAAAGUGGUUGAGUUUCAACAGCGUAAGAUUGAAGUGCCGGCGGCUGAGAUUGAGCUAGACCUAGACGGGGGGGAUCGGAGGGUUGUGCCGCCGACGGCUGUGGCUGAGGAGAUUGUGUCUGAGCCUUCUGAAUUGUGUAGCUUCACCGAGAGCAUUUCGACGACGGCGACGGAGAGGAGGGAUGACGAUGGAGAAGUCAACCAGAGGUCGCCGGCCAGGGGGCCGCCCAGGAAGCGGCGCAGCCCUGGGGAUCUGGCUGGAGGGAGGGACAGGAGUUUCAGAUCUCCGGCGAGAAGAUCGGCGCCAUCUCCGGAGAAACGGAAACCGCUGACAUCGUCUAGAGCAGGCCAGACUAGGCCAAUGGCGUCACAGAGGCGCAGCAAUGUGGGUCCUCAAAACGGGGCCCAACGACAGUCCGUACCCACACGGCGGUCAAGUUCUCCGGUGACACACCGGGAGGUGGAUACACGCCGUAAUGUAAGAAACAAAAGCCCCGCCGUGAGUGAGAGUGCCCUGUCGGCGGCGGAAAGUGCAGAGAAUCGCGGAGAUAAAGUAGAGAAGCCUAAUGACGGCGUUUCGGAGGAGACCGGCGAAUCGCUAGAGAACCCUCUUGUUUCCUUGGAAUGCUUCAUUUUCCUAUGA